GUUUGAGAUAUUAUCUUUGUGGGGUUUGUUUUUGCCUCCGCCGGGGGCGACGAGUUUGAGUAUCUUUCUCGCCGGAGGGAAAGGGCAGGUUAUCGGAGGGAAGGUUGUUGGCUCUUUGAUUGCGUACGGACCGGUGAUUGUCAUCGCUUCGUCGUUUACCAAUGUUGGUUAUGAGAGGCUGCCGUUGGACGACGGCGGCGGCGGCGGCAGGGACCCGUCGGGUGGGUUGCCAUUCUUGAAUAUGCCGUUGAACACGUCGGGGAAUGAAGAACAGCUGCCGGUGGACGGAUGGCGCGGUGGGAGAGCAUCUUAUUAA